AUCAAGAGUAGAUAACUCGGCAGAUACGCUUCAGUGCAGGUGCGAGGUCACUUCCGUCUUCCUUGACAACUGCUACAACAAAAUAUGGCGUUAACAAAAUGAAGAAAUGUGGAAAUGCCAUUCAUUGCUGAUGCUUGUGAAUUGAUUAAUUGAUGGUUCAAUAGUGUGCUGCCAGCAAUCUGUGGAACUCUUAAUUAAUUCAUGAAGAACAACACAAUUUUGUUUCAAAGAAAAUAAUUCACAGAAGCAUUGGAUUUAUAGCAGAUUCAAGAUGCCUAUUGCUCAAACAAGACUUGAAACACUGCAAGUAUGCAAACUUUUGCAAUGUGUGAGGGAAAAAGACAAGGAAUCCAUACAGAAAAUGAUACAUCAUGGAGUACCUCAUCUCGUCAAUUAUAAUGAUCCUAAUGAUGGUUUGACAGCUCUUGGGGUUGCAGCAACUUCCAAUGAUGAUGAUAUGAUAAGAUUUUUAUUGCUGCUUGGUGCACAUCCAGAUGUGAUGGACUUAAAGGGACGUUCAGCUGCAAUGAGAGCAGCUGAGUAUGGUCAUGUCGAAUGUCUGGUAGAGCUUUGUAAAAUUGGUGCAAACAUGAAACUAACUGAUUUAGAAGGAAAAGGUAUAUUGUUUUACUGUAUAACACCAACAGAAAGACAUUCCAAAUGUUUAGAAAUCGCAGUAGAAAAUGGUGCUGAUAUCAACAAUAUCUCAAAAGAAGGUAUACCUGUACUUAUGUUUGCCUGUGAAACUGCUUCAGAAAAUGAGGAUACUUGUAUAUUGAUGAUGGAAAAAGGAGCUGAACCUAAUGCAAAACAAGAAAAAACUGGGAAAAAUGCACUGAUGUCAGCAGCAGCUAGUGGUAGUGUAAAGGUUGUUCGUGCUAUCCUAGAGGCUGGUGGUGAUGUGAAUGCUAUUGACAUUAAACAUGGCCAUGCUGCACACUAUGCCUGCCAGAGUGGUAAUCUACUAGUCUUAGCCUGUAUGGCUGGGUACGGUGCACAGUUUGACCAGUACAACUCUGACAAUAACAACCCAAUACAUUUAUCUGCCCUACAUGGACAUGGAAUGUUUUGUAAAUUCCUAGCACAAAGAGGCUGUAAUCCCAAACCAAAGAAUAAUGAUGGUGAUGUCCCAAAAAAUAUUGCCAAAGACAAAGACAAUAAAGAUGCAAUGAAAGAAUGUCGAAAAGCUGAAAAGUCAUUCGGUAAAGUUGGAAAGAACAAUGAACUAUGGGCAAUCCAGUUGUACGACUGGGUUUAUGAAAAGCAGAAAAAACUCUUGGACAGAUUUCAAGCUUUUGAUACCGAAGACAGUGGUAAAAUCAUGAAAGAAUCAUUUAGUGAUGUGCUACAAGGUAUGAGUGCUCCAGUUGAAGAGGAGGAUAUGAAGAAAUUAAUUCUAGCUCAUGAUAAAGCUCAUGAUGGAAAUGUUGAUUACAAUGAUUUCAUUGGGGCUAAAAAGUGGGUAAAUAAAAACUAUCUUAUGAGUGCAUUUGAAGGCAAGAAAAAGAAAAAGAAGGGUGGUAAGAAAGGAGGAAAGAAGAAGGGGAAAUUCAAAUUGGUGAUGCCAGUGUGUGUGAAAGAUGAUGGACCUAGAACAUAUGGUGGAGGACCUCCUGAAAUGUUUAUUGAGAGACACAUAAAUUUCACUGAUACUGGUAGAUUUGACAGAGACAAGCCACCUCACCAUCCCCUUCAGGAUGAUUCAUCUUGGUAUCUACAACAUCCCGAGAGGAUGUACAUCAAUGUGACCGAUGCUACUAAAAAUGGGGACUUUGAUUCUCUGAGGACUGCAUUCCAGAAAGGAUCACAUGUUGACACCAGAGACAAGUAUUAUAAAACUCCUCUCAUGUGUGCAUGUUCUGCUGGAAAUCUGGAAAUGGUAAAAUUUCUGCUGGAAAAUGGUGCCAAUAUAAAUGCUCGAGACAAUUUUAAGUGGACACCAUUGCACCACGCGUGUCAUUCUGGUCAGUUGAAUGUAGUAGAAUUUCUGAUUGAGCAUGGUGCAGAAAUAGAUGCCACAACAAUGAACGGUGGCACACCACUAACAAGAGCUAUAGAGAGUUCCAAAGAGAAUGUGGUGGCUUACUUAAUAAGCAGAGGAGUCAGAGUUCAGACUGAAAAUAAGAAAGGUCACAAUCCAAUGGAUUUAGCUUUAGCUUGGGCUGAUCCAAGGGUUAUAGAUGUGAUUCAGACUAAAUGGGAGAGUAUGCCAACUCCAAGUGACAAGAAAGGGGGAAAGGGAAAAGGAGGAAAAGGCAAAGGAGGGGCUAAAACAGCUAGACCAGCUUCAGGGCCAGGUGGAGAUCAAAAAGAAAAUCAAGCUCCAGCUUCACAGCAAACAGAACGUUUAACGACCACAGGUACCAAUACGGGUACAGAUAGACAACCAUCAAGUAAUCCAUAUGGUACUAGAGAUUUUGAAGAUGGGCCUCCACGACAAAGGAAAGGAUCAAUAUUACGAGCUGCUUCAGCACUUGCCCAGGGUUUAGAUGAACAAGAAGAUAUUACAUAUAUUCCUUUAAGAGCCUGGGUACCACAACCAACAACUGAAGAUUUACUAGGAGAGAAACAGAAGAAAAGGGAUCAGUUUACUUGGGAAGUGGACUUUGAUGACUUUCAAAUGCCCUUCAAUAAAAAUAUUUCUAAUCGAUGUAAAGCUAUGGAAAAUGAGGAUGACUGAUUAUUUUUAUUUCAUGUUGUUCAUUAUUUGACAGUUUCCUUGUGUUCCUAAUAUGUGAAAUACCAUAUUUGUAAAGAAAAUGGGAAUAAUCUUACAACUGCUUACUCUUGUGCCAAACAAAAAACUUGAUUCUUUACAUGCAAAUUCUACAAUAACUUAUCUGAUAACUGAAUUCUGUAAAUUUAAAAAAAAAUGAAAAUUGUGUAUAGCACAAAUGAAAAAAAAGUACCUUAAUAUGAGUCAUGUCACAUAUUGAAAAUGAUGUUCUAAAUACAUUUCUAGAUGGAAUAAUUUAUAAAUUUAUUUUGUUUUCUAAAGAGUCAAGAGCUGAUGGCUUCAAUACAUUUUCUUUUUAUUGAAUUCCCUAUUUACAAGAAUUCCAAAGAUUUUGUUUCAUGUCACUCAUAUUUUUUAUGUAAAUAUUACUGUUUAUUAUAUAUUUUCCGAAGUUAUAAAUGCCAAUACAUGUAUUUUAUUUGCUAGUUCAUUCUGUGAUACUAUUGACUUCAAAUUUUGUGUGAUAUUUAUGAAUGUGCCUGACUGUUUUACUUUUUUGUUUGGUAAAACAUUGGUUACUUGUUAUGUUGAAAUAUGUGCUUAUAUUUUGUCUGGAUUUGUUUAAAUGAUUUAGCUUUUUAUAGUUUAGCAAAAGGUAGAAUUUCUAUCAUCAUAGACUGUACCUAAAUGAGUUUGGAAUAUAAAAACAUGAAGCUGCCUGAAAGUUUUAUAAAAAUAACUACAGUUUACAUUUGCAUUUUCAAAUACUUAUAUCAUUUUUAACAAUAAUUAAUAAAAACAAAUUGGUUUUAUUGAAUCCAAUUAUAAUUGAUCCAGAGCUUUAAAGUAAAAGGAUCUGUAAAAAUACAGAUAUUAAGAAAAAGUCUUUGCCACAAAAAUACCUUUACUUAGCCCAUCAACUUACAACUAGUGUGUUUAUUUCAAAUAUGGUGAUAUGCUGUUCCAAAAACUGAUGUUAUUGAAAACAUAUUUGCCCGGUUAUAAAUCGGUAAGGAUGUCUCAUUUGAUAUCAGUUAGUUAGUUUCCUAAAUACCUCUUCAGAAAGGUUAACUUGAACAGACUAGAUGUGCACAUAUAUCUUUAUAAAAAUUAUAGGUUUAGAAGGUCCAUCUAACCAUGAUGCAUGAUUGUCCAAAGUGUAAAUGUACUAUAUUUAACUAAUGGUCUAUUUGAAAUAUAUGAAAAGUUGUUCUAUAUUUGAUGGAAGAAAUGAAACAACCAUAUUUUAUAUUUAAUCAUAAUCUGCUGGUUAAUCUUAAUAAAAUUGUGAUAUAUUGUUUUUCCUUUGGCACACACUUAUUUAUUCUGUUGUUUGCCAGAGAUAAUUGUUCAAGUCUUAAGAUAAAUAAAAUGUUAACAAUU